AUGGAAAAUGGACUUUUAAUCGGAUCUUCAUCGCCGAAUGGGUUGUAUCAAAAUUUUCCUAAUUUUGAUAAAUUUCCCAUUCAAGGCUCUUCUUCCUCCAAUUUAUCUUUGGCGGUUUUGGCUCCGUUUUAUGAUCCAUUCGUACCAUUUCAAACUUCAUCGAUAAAUGGAUGUUCAAACAAUCGUUUUCAUUUAAAUGCAUCGAUUCCUUCUGGAUCAAACGGUGCAAAUCAUGUCAUGCAUGGCGGUCAAAAUGUAGGGUUCUUGAACUAUCCGCCAAGAAUUUUACUAGAGGCUUUGAAUCAAGAUCAGACUUUCCAACCAAAAAAUUAUCAAACAUUCGGAUCAACGAAUGUGAAUCUAUCAGAUGAAGUUUCAUGCUUAACAAAGGAAGGUGGAAAUCGAAAAAAAAUUGAAUCCAAGAGGAGAAGGAUGCAGCAAUGGGCUCCGGAGGAGGAUAGGUUAUUGGUGAAAUUAGUGAAGGAAUAUGGAGAAAAAAAAUGGUCUCACAUUGCUCAGAUGUUGAAUGGGAGAAUGGGGAAACAAUGUAGGGAGAGAUGGCAUAACCAUUUAAGGCCAGACAUUAAGAAAGAUAUAUGGAGUGAGGAAGAGGAGAUGAAGCUAAUUGAGGUCCAUAGACAAAUAGGUAACAAAUGGGCAGCCAUUGCAAGGGAAAUGCCAGGGAGGACUGAAAAUACCAUUAAAAACCAUUGGAAUGCAGCAAAAAGGCGGCGAUUCAGCAAGUGUAAAGGUCAGUACAGCUGUCUCUUGCAGGACUACAUCAAGAGCUUGCCUUCAGAUUCAACUGUCACUGAUGGUCAAGAAAGCCCAUCAUCCGAUUCCAACUUGCGAAUCGUUGAUAAUACCGACUUGGAAGAAGACAAUAAAGAUCAGAAAGACCCAACUUCUGAUUCGAAUAAGGCAGUGGAUUAUCAAUUUUAUGAGAAAAUGGCUGUUGAAGAAGAUGAUUUUGGAUCGAUGCUCAAUGAGUGCAAUAAAACAGAGUUGGAGAUAGAGAUGGAGAUGAUGCCAGCUGAGUUAAUGGAUAAGGAGAUGAGCUUUGAUGUUAAUAAUAAGGAUAUGGACUUGCUGGAGAUGCUCUGUCAAGGAAUCUUCUGAGCUAGCUGCUAAGUGGUGUUUGGAUGUGUUUUAUUUAGUUCAAUAUCUCAAACUUUUUCUUAGUCUUUCAAAUCCUUGUGGUUUUGGCGGGCAACUGAGUUAGGUUGUAGGUUUUGUUUGUCAUUUUCUGAUUUGCUUUGCUUUGCUGUAGUGUUCUG